AUGCUCAACGCCUUCAAAUCGGUUAGAAGCCAAAAACUACCCACUUUGAUCUCAUCACCACCUUUUCCUUCUCAAAUCGGUCGGAGAAUUUCUGGUACUGUCAGUUUCCGACAGGCGGCAGCUAAUCAACCGGAGAACCUUGACAAUAUGGCAGCUGAACAGACCAAGAUUAACCCCAACUCCAAAACCGGGGACAUGAUGUCUGAUUCAUUUGGGGAGGGGUAUUCGACGAGGUCAGAUGAAGAAGGGUUUGGAGGAAUUUACGGAAGCAGGAACCAGUCUCUUACUGAGGAGGAUAAGAAUACCAUCCAACAGAAUCAACCUGCAUACGACAAGAGCCAAGGAAGCCAUGUGCAGGAGAAGGAAAAGGCACGACACCAGCAGAGUGCAGAUUCAUGA